AUGGGCAAGAGGCUCGGGCUCUUGCGGGCCGUGUACCUGGUUUGCGCCAGCUGCAUGGGCUCGUUUGCGUUUGCCUUCGAUACCGGCGUAAUCAGCGGUGUUCUCGCCUUGAAGUCUUUUGAGGAUGAUUUCGGAUAUGCCCACGAUACGAAAGCGCAGAAGACCAACAUCAAUUCCAAUGCUGUCUCCAUCCUUCAAGGCGGUGCCUUCUUCGGUUGCUUUCUCAUCUCGCCCAUCGCGGCGAAGCUUGGUCGGCGCACGGGACUGAUCCUCGCCUCUCUGAUUUUCACUGUCGGCACAAUUCUCCAGGUCAUAAACUCGCACACUCUCGGGACCUUCUAUGCAGGACGCGUAGUAGCUGGACUGGGCAUCGGAGCUGCGACGGUCUUGAUCCCCAUGUACGCGGCAGAGAUGUCACCAAAGGAAAUCCGAGGUCGAUUGGGUGCUUGUUUCCAGCUCUUCUUCGCCCUGGGCGUCAUGGUGGCCUACUGGGUUACUUACGCAGUUAGCAAGGAUCAGGCACUAGGCAAAUCUCAGUGGCAGACUGCCCUUGGGUUGCAGCUCCUUCCGUCGAGUCUGCUCCUUUUCGGCAUGUUGACGGUCAAGGAGAGUGCGCGAUGGUUAGCCAGCAAGGGCAAGAUCGACGAGGCGCGCGAAUCGCUCAAGUGGGUGCGCGGCGGCGAGGAAACUCCAGAGUUGCAGGCGGAGUUUGAUGAGAUUCUGGCCGGCCUUGAGGAAGAGGCGCGCAUCAAAGAGAGCUUUACAAUCCGAGAGAUUUUCCUUCCGGCCAACCGAUACCGGUUCUUUAUUGCCAUCACAAUCCAGCUCUGCGCGCAGCUGACUGGUAACACGUCUCUCGCUUACUAUGCCACCCAGAUAUUCGGCGCUGUCGGAGCAGGCAACGCUAGCAAAUUAGUGACAGGUUUCUUUGGCCUGGUCAAGGUCGUCGGUGUCGGCAUUUUCCAGCUAUUUGUCCUGGAUCGGGUUGGCCGUCGUGUGCCUUUCAUGGUCGGUGCCUUUGCCAUGGGCUCGUUCAUGCUCAUCGUCGCCUGUAUCUUGGCCACGCACCCGACCAACGCCAACGCCAUACCGUCUGGUCCGACAAGCUCGGGAAUCGCUUGUAUUAUCAUGGUCUACGCUGAGGCCUUCAGCUACAACAUGUCAUGGGGGCCGCUGCCGUGGCUGUACAACGGCGAGAUCUUCUCCAGCCGCACUCGUGAAGCCGGGCUGGCUAUUGGUGCGGCGUCGCAGUGGUUGUUCAACUUUAUGAUGUCCCAGGUCACGCCGCAUGCUAUUAACAACAUCCACUGGCGCAUGUUCCUGAUGUUCGCCAUCUUCAAUUAUGCCAUUAUUGUGUACUCGUGGCUUGUCCUGAAAGAGACGUCACAACACUCACUCGAGGAGAUGCAGGAUGUCUUUGGCGGCACGACCAGGAUCGAGAAAACCGACAUGGAGCUGGACCAGGGGCAGUCCAAGGAGACCCAGGAGCAGCACAAUGAAUAUACUGAGCCGAAGGUGGAGACAACUUAA